GGCGCUGUAGCCACACCUGUUGCAGUGUCGACCUGCAGGGGGCGCUGCAGCCACACCUGUUGCAGUGUCGACGGAACACGAGGAGGUGAAGAAGAAGAACUUUGCUGCUCUGCUACAAGAUGCCUGUUAAGAAACGACAGCUGUGCUGUCUGACGGACUGAUCGAUGCCUUCACCAUGACGCUGGGCAGCACAGCACUGGUCCUCAUCCUCUUGGUGUCGCAGGCCAGAAGCUUCCUGAGCCCCUCGGGAGACGACGACGGCGGCGUUCCUGAAGAGUGGGUGCUGCUCCACGUGGUCCAGGGCCACAUCGGAGCCGGGAACUACAGCUACCUGCGCCUCAACCACGACGGGAGAAUUAUCCUGCACAUGCAGAGCCUCAAGGGAGAUGCAGACCUCUACGUGUCCGAUAAAACCCUCCACCCUAGCUUUGACACCUACAAGCUGCAGUCGGUUACCUGCGGCCAUGACGUGGUGGUCGUCCCGGGCGACUUUGCGCGGCCUGUGGGCAUCGGCAUUUAUGGCCACCCAUUUCACCAGGAGAGCGAGUUUGAGAUGCGAGUGUUUUACGAUCAGUCGGUGGCCCCGGACCCGUUUGAUAAAGGCUCGUACACACCAGAGGACGAGCGGAAGGGACAGCAAGUUGCACGGACAGAAGACAACUUUCAGGAAGAGGAGUCGGUCUUUUGGACGAUUUUGAUUGGACUUUUAAAGAUAAUUCUUGAAAUUUUGUUUUGAAAUGAAAAAGUUAGUCCCUUCGUUAGAAAAUUCUACAUUUGACACGAACCGUGAAUCAAAAACACAUUUUCUUUACGUCUGUAAAACUGAAUGCCUGUACUUUAUAAACCCCAGGGAGAACUCUACCUUUGCAAUUAAAGAUAAAUACUUGAGCAGUUUAUUG